AUGGCCGCAGCGGUGUUUAUUCGAAUAAAUACUGCGGGCAAUGAAUAUCUUGUACGUUUAAUAUGUGCAAAGACAAAAGUGGCACCUCUCAAGCGAAUUACAAUCCCACGGUUGGAGUUGAGCGCAGCUUUGUUGUUGGCUCGUCUCGUUGUUCAUGUACAAAAUACUCUUGAUUUGUUAGAAGCUCCGUUAUUUUUAUGGACUGACUCUUCCGUAGCACUCACUUGGCUCACUACCCACCCAUCUAGAUGGAAAGAUUUCGUUAGAAACCGAGUCUACGCAAUUCAAGAGCUUUUGCCAAACAGCUCGUGGCAUUUUAUUUCCGGUAAAGAAAACCCGGCAGAUUGUGCAUCUCGUGGACUGCGCCCAAGUCAACUAGCCACUCAUAAUCUUUGGUGGAAUGGACCCGAAUGGCUGCGUGGCCCAACCACUACAUGGCCUACUGCUGCUGCUUUCUCUUCUCCGGAUGCCGAUAACGAAAUGCGUCCAAAUCAGGCCACUAUUGCCGUAGUACAACCGGCUUCGUAUUGGGAUCUUCUCGAUAAACAUUCCUCUCUAAUCAAACUUUUAAGAAUCACUGCUCUUUGUCGUAGGUUUAUUUCACGAUUAAAGCAAACAGCAAACGUAUCGAUAGCUGCACCAUUAACUCCUGAAGAAAUCUGCCAAGCUCGUUUAUUUUGGUCUAAGGUUGUUCAGCAAUCAUGGUUCCUAAACGAAAUCCGAAUUCUUACACAGGGAGAAGUUUUGCCUCGUUCGAAUGCGUUGGUGCGGCUCAUCCCCUUUAUUGACCGAGAAGGCAUAUUGAGAGUCGGUGGGCGUCUCCAUCAUGCUAAGAUUGACGUAGAAUCCAAACAUCCCAUAAUUCUACCACGACGGUCUCCUCUAACUUCUCUUGUAAUCAAGGAUGCUCAUUCUCGCACUCUUCACGGAGGCACCAAAGAACAUAUACUAUGA